GUGGAAGAUGCACCGACCGCACGCCCGACUUCAGUUUCUGGCAGAGUAAAUCUUGAUGGUAAAUCACGGAUAACCUCGGACAGAAGUGAUGGACUGGUCAGAAGGAGACGGAUGCCAUUCCCAUGGUCACAUGGGUGACAGUUGCCAUGGACAUGGCGGUGGCCACUCCCACGGACACGGGCACAGUCAUGGAGGAUCUGGAUUUGGUGGUUUUAUGCCUGCUGGCUUCCACGGUCAGCUCGUCCCGGGACCUAUGGACCCCACACAGCAGCCGAGGAAAUCCUCACACCCCGAGGACAGCAGCUCCUGGGACAUCAUUAAAGCAACACAGUUUGGUGCUCUUGAGAGGUGUAAAGAACUUGUAGAGGCCGGUUAUGACGUGAGGCAACCUGAUAAGGAAAAUGUUACACUUCUCCAUUGGGCCGCCAUCAAUAACCGAGCAGACAUCGUCAAAUACUACAUAUCUAAAGGUGCUGUCAUUGACCAACUAGGCGGGGACCUGAAUUCUACACCGCUCCACUGGGCCAUACGGCAGGGUCAUUUAUCUAUGGUCAUUCAGCUGAUGCGAUAUGGAGCCGAUCCAUCAUUAGCAGAUGGUGAAGGCUAUCGGGGUCUCCAUCUGGCUGUGCUCUUCCAGAAUAUGCCCAUUGCUGCCUACCUUAUGGCCAAAGGACAGGAAGUGGAUUUACCGGAUAUAAACGGACAAACUCCACUGAUGUUGGCGGCGCAGAAAAUCAUCGGACCAGAGCCCACAAACUUCCUGAUAAAGUGCAAUGCAUCAGUGAAUGCGGUGGAUAAAGUGAACAGAAACUCACCUCUGCACUGUGCUGUUCUGGCUGGUAAUGUUGACUCCGUUCACAUUCUGCUGGAGGCCGGAGCCAGUGUCGAUAUGCAGAAUGACAACGGUCACACUGCCAUAGAUCUGGCGCAGCAGGUGCACAGUCCUCUGCUCAUUCACAUGCUCAGUGUGGUGAAAACAGAGAGAAUCAAAGCCAACUCUGCCUGUCUCAAACUGCUCAACAGAUACAAGGUGUGUCUGCAGUGUGUGUUCUCUGUGGUUGUAGUUGGAGCCAUUGGUGCCAUAUUAGACAUGAGGACGGAGUCGUGGUUGCUGAAAGGUGUUCUGCUGGCCUGCAUCAUGGCUGUCAUCAACCUCACAUCUAGGCAGUUGGCAACUGUGGCCGUUCGAUCUUUAAUUCCCUCUACAGGCCUCAUGGCUUCAGUCUUCUGGAUGGUGGUCACCUGGGUCCUGUGGCUUUUGCCUGAUGAGUCCAGUGCUGCAGUUCAGAUGCUCUUCACUGUCAACAUUACUGCUGUGCUCUAUUACUACAUCCGCUCCUGUAGAACUGAUCCAGGACACGUCAAGGCCACCGAGGAGGAGAAGAAGAAGAAUAUUGUGGUUUUGGCAGAGGCAGGCUGUCUGGAUCCCAGGAUAUUUUGUACUUCAUGCAUGAUGAGGAAGCCAAUGAGAGCGAACCACUGCUUUUCUUGUAAUGCCUGUGUGGCUAAACAGGACCAUCACUCCAUUUGGAUCAACGGCUGCAUAGGGGCCAGAAAUCACCCAUACUUUGUGCUUUUCCUGGUGGCUCUGAACUUCCUCUGCAUCUGGAUGUUUUACGGCAGUAUCACGUACUGGUCCAGACACUGUCCUCUGCAUUACUCCGAGGAGGGUAUUUGGGGGGCUCUGACCGCUCUGAUGGGAUGUUCUCCAUGGCUGCUGUAUGUUUUCUGCUUCGUCUUUUUUCACACCACCUGGGCCUCCGUCCUGCUCAUCCUCCAGCUCUACCAGAUUGCGUUCCUUGGUCUGACGACGUCUGAGAGGGCGAAUCUGAUGCACAGACAGAGAAAACUCCCUCAAGCCGUUUCUCUCAGACAAAACCCAUUCAAUCACGGAGUGGUGAGGAACCUGGUAAACUUCUUCCAGUGGCGUUUCUGUGGUCUCUGCAAGCCAAUGGUUUUGGACUGGACUCAACAGCAUCCCAUGGGUCUCCGCGGAGAUAUGUUCAGCGGUCCCGAUAUCAUUUGACACACCCCCCAGCAACCAAUCAUCCACUCAGGGAGAGAGACGUCCCAGAUCUGGAGCCAUUGGUUUGAUUUGAAUGCCUUUUUUAAAAUGAAGAACAGACUGAAUGAUUGUUUGGAUAAGUAGUUCUGUUUGCAAAGAACAUUCACCUUUUAUAUUCGUGCGAAAUACACGUGAUUUCUGCCUUACGGCUUAAGUUAUACAUCGGAGUACGUGUUUAUAAGCAUACUGGUAUAUUUUGAACCGAAAUAUUUUGUAAGGUACAGUAAAAAUCACACCGGUUUGGUUUUUACUCCGUCAUUUUACAGAAAGUGACCACUAUCCUUGCGCUGUUUGUGAAGAGAUUUGUAAAUGCGAGCAAUUUUAUUUCUACAAAAUGAAAAAAAAAAAAAAAAAAAAAGCCGAUUUUCUUGCGAUUUUUGCGAACUGUACAUGUUUAAAAUGCAUUUGAAAUGACUUUGUUACGAUCAGAUGCGCCGCCGCUCUCCUCCUGAACAUUUUAUAGCGUUAUACAUGGCAGAUUAAUCAUAGAAUUUAAUAUAUUUUAUUUUAUUAGCUAUUAGUGCCGUUUUUUCCCUUUAUACUCGAUCAGUGAUAUUUUUAAAUGGCGGUUGAUUUUUAUUUUAUUUGGUUAAAGUCUUUUCAUAACCACUCAUGUCUGCUAGCAUCAUCUUGCUCUUUGCGUUCUUCUUCAUCGCGCAGUGUCAUUCUAAGGGAAAUGUGCUGUUCUUGAAUCCUGCUCUGUGCUUUGGAAUAAAUCAAGACUUGUUUUGUAA